CCUUAAGCGCGAGUAUUUACCAAUGCUUUAGAUGCGUAACAUUGUGUUACUGGCACUCAUGAUUGGGUGUGCAGCUCAAUAUCCUCAGCAGGGAUGUCGUUUGUUGGAUGGAGAGUUUUAUCGUGGACCCGUUGCACAGGCACGUAUGCAUGACAAAUUUUUGGUCAAAGAUGUUGAAAAGGUGCUAAAAACUAAACUGAAAGAUAAUUAUUUGUUCGAAAAGGACGGCUAUUACCAGAAAGGAACAGUAGUAGUGUUGAUCAGAAUUGCAGACUCAGCCGGAAAAAGAAGAGUUGUGAUGUACACCAAGAAUGGGCCAAAUUUGAGCAAAGGCACUGAGCAUAUUUUCUGCCUAGUGGCUCUACUUAAUACUUUGCACAACUCCAUGAAGAUGGCCACUACUGCAGUACAGGACAAUUUAAAGGUCAUUCUUGGUAAGAUCCAGGAUGCUUGUGCAAAGUCUACGCUCUCAAAACGAUGCAGUUUGGUUGCUGUUUCGAAAACGAAACCUGCUGAUUUAGUUGCUGCUUGUUAUAAUAUCGGUCAAAGGCACUUUGGAGAGAAUUACGUUCAGGAGCUUGAAGAGAAGUCGCACAUUCUGCAGGAAAGUUGUCCUGAAAUCAAAUGGCAUUACAUAGGGAAGAUUCAGUCUAACAAGAUAGGAAAAAUCUGCUCUUCCCCUUCGUUGUACUGUGUUGAGACGAUUGAAAGUCAGAAACACUGCGAUAUGUUCAACAAAGAAAUGGGGAAGAAGGAGGGAGUACUGAAUGUUUUCGUCCAAGUGAAUACAAGUAAUGAAGAACAGAAAGGAGGGCUAUCGCUGGGCGAUGCUCCGGAUCUGGCAUGCUAUAUCAGCGAUAAUUGCCCAAAUCUACGUUUCAGUGGAUUUAUGACGAUUGGAUCCUUUGAGCACAGCCACGUCAUCCCUAACCCCGACUUCGAUCGCCUGUAUCAAGUUCGAGAGGCAUGGGCUAAGCGAACCUCACGAUCACCAGAAGAAGUCGAGUUAUCUAUGGGAAUGUCAGAUGACUUUGAGACAGCGAUUGCGCAAGGAAAUAUCAUGCCUUUCAUAAAAACCGAUUUUUCAAUUCCCCUUUGCGAAAUUGAGCAGAAAAAAGAUUUUGCGGAGACUGACGACGAUGGUGAAGGAAGCACAUUUCGGCCAGUUUGUUUUAAAUGCCGUGUUUUCGAUGGCCCACCUGGUUCUUCAUAUGCCGAAUUCGGAGGAACGAAAGUUUUGGCACGAGUUUCUGGGCCCGUUGAUGAUCCAAAUGGUGAUCCGAACACAGCAACUUUGUCGUUGAAAAUGAAAGGCGUUACUGAUGAGGUGCGAAUCGGCUCGCAAGUUCUUUCUGUAAUCAAAACGUGUGUAAUGGCUCACAAAUAUAGCCAGUGCAGCUUUGACGUCGAGGUUACGGUUGUGAACGAUGACGGUGGUCUUCUACAGUGUGCAGUAAUAGCAGCAACAUUAGCUCUGGCAGACGCCGAAGUCAUGAUGCUGGAUAUGGUUGUCGCCGCUCACAUCGCUCGCAUCACAUCCGGAGAGUUUCUUGUAGAUCCCCGAAAAAGUCAGAUUACCGAUGGCUGUUCUGAAUGCACCUUAGCAUUGAUGCCCAAUCAAAAUCAGAUAGUUUGCUGUGACAUACGCGGAGGUCAUCUCACAAGCCCCGAGAUAGAGGAGCUGAUCACCUUUGCAACGGAGAAGUCAAUGAAGCUUUACCCUGUGCUGCGGAAGGCAUUAUUAGCUACCAUCUCGGUGCAGGAGGGAAGCAGUUGUUGACUCAUAUUUUUAUCGUUCACACUGUCAAUGACAACCAUCAGUACAUCUUGUUUUCGCCAAACGUUUUCGUCGCCAGUUCAAUCUGAGUUGAUUUUUUCUGUUGAAUUUUUGUUACUGUAUUUGAUUUUUGUUACUGUAUCUGACAGUUAUUGUUGGUUAAUGUAUACAGAGCAGAAAAUAAAGCGUUGUGAGCAAGAA